ACAAAACUCAACUAGAGAGAGAAAGUGACACUUUCAGCCGAGAGAGAGAGAGAGAGAGAGAGAGAGAGAGAGAGAGAGGCACGCACACACACAAAAAGAAGAACUUUCCUCUUCUUUGUACUAAGCAUCAGUUACUCAUCAGUCUUUAGGGUUCUCUGCUGCAACAGAGCUAGAGCAGCACAACUGCCGCACCCCCCAGAAUCAAGCUAAGUAUGCUGGUAUUUAUUCAGUACUGAGUUUUUCAUAUGGAUUAUGAAAUUGUUUGUACAUUAAAGUUGUGAGGAAAUUUUGGUGAUUUCUUAAGUUUGAGAUGGAGGAAAAGGUAGUGUUUGAUUUGAGCUCAAGUAGCUGCAAAGUGAACUGGGUUUUGUUGUUGUGUUUGAUCUCUGAGUAGAGAAGAGUUCUAGAGUUAGAUGGUGUUUUUGGGAAAACCCAAUUCAAGAUGUCUUGGGUUCAGCAACAAGUCAAGCUCAAUGAUGGUUAUAUGAGCUACCCACCACCAUAUGCUGGUACCUUUUACAGAGAAUCUAGUCCCUCAAUACCAUCACCACCUUCAUCAUCAUCAGGGACAAAGAUCAGUCCUGCUGUUCUAUUUAUCAUUGUAAUUUUGGCUGUGUUGUUCUUCAUCUCUGGUUUGCUUCACCUGCUUGUUAGAUUUCUUAUAAAGCACCCAUCUUCAGCUUCUUCUCAGACUAAUAAUAGGUACCCAGAAAUUUCUACUGCUGAUGCUCUUCAGAGGCAGCUUCAGCAACUCUUCCAUCUUCAUGAUUCGGGUCUGGAUCAGGCUUUUAUAGAUGCUCUUCCUGUUUUCCAGUAUAGGGAGAUUGUGGGUUUGAAAGAGCCGUUUGAUUGUGCUGUUUGUCUAUGUGAGUUUACUGAGAAAGAUAAGCUCAGAUUGCUUCCUAUGUGUAGCCAUGCUUUCCAUAUCAACUGUAUAGACACUUGGCUACUGUCGAAUUCGACAUGUCCUCUUUGUAGGGGUACCCUCUUCACUCCCGGGUAUUCGGUUGAGAACCCAAUGUUUGAUUUUGAUGACUACAGAGAUGAAGACGGGUACCCUGGUAACGGAGAAAAUGGGUUCACUCCUAGUCAGAAGACUGUGGACAUUGAGGAAGUUGUUGUUGACAAUGGGGUUAUGCCUGUGAGACUCGGUAAGUUUAGGAAGGUAGAUGCUGCUGUAGGGGAGACCGCAGGAGGGGAGACUAGUAGCAGUACAUUGGAUGCGAGAAGAUGCUAUUCAAUGGGAUCAUAUCAGUAUGUGCUUGAUAAUUCAGAACUCCGGGUUGCCUUAUCGAAGGAUCAACAGGGUCGCAAUAUAAAGCUAACAAAAGAUGAACACAUUGGUAAUUCUUCAAUUGAUAGUGAUGUAGAGGCAAAGAAGAUUGGUAGUGUGACUAAAGGUGAAAGCUACUCUGUUUCCAAGAUCUGGCUCUGGUCUAAGAAGGGCAAGUAUUCAAACUCACUAGAUACACAGAUGGGUAUGCCUUCGUCUCUUAAUACAGACUUGCCAUGGAUGAGAAGAACAGAAGAAGCAAGAGAGGUAUAAUUCCUUAUUCUUACAACCGUAGUUGAAUUGAACAGAAUGAUCAAAGGUUGUUCCACCUUAGUCUGAUUUUACCUUUUCCAAUAUUUUUGCAAUGCUCUAAUUCAGUGAUGGUGUGUAGCGUUAGUGCAUGACUGUUGUUGUACCAUAUCUUGUCCUUUGAAACAGAGAUGCUAUCUUUUGUGAAGAAGGUGUUUUUUUUUUCUGAUUUUAGGGAAUGACAAUGUAUGAUGGUUUCUCUAGUUGUGCCCAAUUACAUGCUAUUAGGCAAUGCCAUUGUUGUGUUCUACAGAAUAGUGUAUUAAUCAUCACAUCAAUUACUUCA